AUUUUUAGUAGAGACGGGGUUUCACCAUGUUGGCCAGGAUGGUUUCGAUCUCUUGACCUCAUGAUCCACCCGCCUCGGCCUCCCGAAGCACUGGGAUUACAGGUGUGAGCCACUGCACCCAGCUGAGGCUUUGGAUUUUAAUUCCAGGUGUGUUGAGAAACCACUGGAAUUUUUGAGCAACUAAGGCAGAUGAUCUGAUUUACAUUUUAAGACUCACCGUGGCUUUUCAUGGAGAAAGAUUGUAGUAGGUAAAUGGAGAAGCAGGGAGUCAGUGGAGAAGCUAUUGCAAUAAUCCACGCAAGUGAUGAUGGGGGCUCAAGCAGGGCGGUUGCAGCAAUGAUGGUGAGCAGUAAUGGUUUCUGGAUAUAUUUUGAAUGGAAUUUCAUGAUGGAAUGGAGGUGGACUGAGGGUGCACGCUUUCUGGAAUGAACUCAAAAAUUGCUGGCUUGAACUUUUGAGUAGGCGGUAGUGCCAUUAUUGAGGCUGAAGACUGAGGGAGGAGCAGACUGGGGCAGAGUGGAAGGAAUAUGAGUCAAGACCUUUGUUUUGGACAUGUUAACUUCCAGAUACCAGCCAGGCUGCAGAGCUAAACUAUGUCUCAAAAAAAAAAAAAAAAAAAAAAGAUUGAGAUGCUUUGGCCGGGCAUGGUGGCUCACACCUGUAAUCCUAGCACUUUGGGAGGCAGGGGCGGGUGGAUGACAUGAGGUCAGGAGUUCGAGACCAGCCUGGCCAACAUGGUGAAACCCAGUCUCUACUAAAAAUACAAAAAUUAGCCAGGCGCAGUGGCGGGUGCCUGUAAUCCCAGCUACUCAGGAGGCUGAGGCAGGAGAAUAGCUUGAACCAGAAAGCAGAGGUUGCAGUUAGCCAAGAUCGUGCCAUUGCACUCCAGCCUGGGCAACAGAGUGAGACUCUUUCUUAAAAAUAAAUAAAUAAAUAAAUAAAGAUUGAGAUGCCCCUAGACAUCUAACUAGUGAAUUGUCAAGGAAGCAGUUAAAUAUUUAAGUCCAGAGUUCAGGAGAGAAUCAGGACUAGGCUGGGCACAGUGGCUCAUGCCUGUAAUCCCAGCACUUUGGGAGGCCGAGACAGGCAGAUCACUUGAGGUCAGGAGUUCGAGACCAGCCUGGCCAACAUGGUGAAACCCCCAUCUCUACUUAAAAAAAUACAAAAAUUAGCCGGCUAUGGUGGCAGGUGCCUGUAGUCCUAGGUACUCAGGAGGCUGAGGUGGGAGUAUUACUUGAACCUCGGAGGCAGAGGUUGCAAUGAGUUGAGAUAGCGCCACUGCACUCCAGCCUGGGUGUGACAGAGUAAGACUCUGUCAAAAAAUAAAAAGGAAGGAAGGAAGGAAGGAAGGAAGGAAGGAAGGAAGGAAGGAAGGAAGGAGAAAGAAAAGAAAAAGAAUCAGAACUAGAGAGAGAGAUUUGGGAACUGACAAGUAUAGUUGGUUAAACCAUUACAAUGGUAGCGAUCAACUAAAGAACAAGUACGCGUAGACAGAAGCCCAAAGACUAAGCCCUGGGAUAGGCUUAGUGUUUAAGGAUAAAAAGAGGAGGAAAAUCCAGCACAAAAGAUAGAGGAAGAGCAGUCAGUGAGCUAGAAGGAAAACCAGGAGUUCCUGAAGCCAAAUGGGGAACAUGAGCGCACCAGAUUCUUCUGAGAAGUUGAAUAAGAUGAGGAUGAGGAACUCAUCACUGGCUUUGGCACACAGAGGUCACUGGUCCAUGGUUUCACUGAAGUGUUGGGUUGACAGCCUGUUUGGAAUGGGCUCAAAAGAGAACAGGAAGAGGAGUGGAGACAAGGAGUCCAGACAACUCUUUUAAAGAGUUUAGCUGAAAAGGGGUACAAAGAAAUGGGACCGUAUCUGGACACAGUAUAUGGUCAAGAGAGGGAGCUCUUGCAGCUGGCAAGCAUUCUGAAGUGCCCUGUGGUGGGACACUUAGGUUACUAUUAGCACAAUUAUUUUGCUGUUAUAAAUAGUGCUCCUGAAUGAGGGCCACAUCAGGAUCUUGUUUUUGAAAAGAAAUGUCCUUGUUCUGGGUAUGUGUUUCGUCAACAUGACAUCCUGCUGAUCAUGAAUUGGCUCCACAUUUCUAUUUUGUUCAAGAUGGAAGGCUUUGAUACUGUGCACUCAGGUUUUCUCUGGUCAGCACUUCCAGAUCCUCUGCAUUUCAGAGCCCACAGAGAACCCCUGAGGCCCCUGGGCUCAGUUCCCUCCCUGACCAACUUUCUGGGCCCUAGCCCCAUGUGUCCCUCUCCUGUAGUAUACUGUAGCCACACAAAGUUUGAGAAGGGCGGGGGCUGUGGGCCCAUCCACUCCUUUAUUCCUGAGAACAACUGCCCACCCCUCGGGAUCCUGGGGAGAGGAAGGGACCUUGUGAGUACCUAAUGACCGCCCCAGGCAGCAAGGCCUUCAGGAGCCAGGGUGCUCUCUGGGACCAUUUCUUACACAGCAGGAGAGUCAUGGGCCAACCAGGCCUGCCCUGAGGACUGGGCCAGAGCCCUUGAGGGGCCCGCAGGGAAAGGCCCAAAGGACCAAGUGCUCAGUAAAGACCAAGGCAGGCUGGACUGAGCUAGACACCCAGGCUCCAGGUUCCUUCCUCUGAAACAUCUGCAGGUUUUUGGGAGGCGAAGGGCUCUCAGCUGCCAUGGCUGAUGUCUGUGGGACUUUUUCUUCAGCUCCAGAUGGUCUACACAGGGUUCAUAUACACAGGCCCCUACACGCACGCAUGUGUGCACACCCACAUGCACACACACACACACCCCAGAGUAAAUUCACUGAUAUACACCAAUAUGAACACAGACACACAAUGACUUACCUAUACACACAUAUGAAUAGAUACCCAUACUGCUCUGAACACACAGACAUCCACACAGACUCACACUCACCCACAUGCACACACACUGACACAGCACAUUCACAUACAAAGAUACACACUGACGUGUACUACACAGAGACACGCUGAAACACAUCCAUAUACACACCACACACUGAGAUACAGUGACGCACACAGUCACAGAUGCACAGACAUAUGCUGAUGUGUAUGUACAAAUGUGGUCACACUGACACAAACAUGCAACCAUCUACUCAGACUCAUACAAACCGACACAAAUACCUGAAAUACAGAGCCACAGACAGACACACACGGAAGCACUCUAUGCACAAAACACUCACACAGUACAUACCAUGCCGCACACACACUGACCCAAACAGUCUAACAAGCCCCGAGGGUCUCCAGGGCUGCCCUGGGGCUACUGCCCACCCCUCCCACGUCCCCGCCAGGGUGAGAUGGUGUUCCCCAGGGAACAGAUGUCUCCAGUCCCAUGUUAAGCUCUGCUGGAUCCCGCGUGACAUCAACCAGCCCCCUCGAGGCUGCCGGGAGCUGUGAGCUCUGUGCUGGGGCCAGGCCGGCACCGGGCACAGACACUUAGGCCCUUGUUGGGAGAACAGAGAGAGGCUCUCUUGUCCACUGCCUGUCUUCAGUUCCAGCUGCUGAUUCUCCUAGAGGCCUGUCCUCAGACUCGCAGAGCUGCCUGAUCAUUGCUACAGAAUGAACUCUAGCCCAGCUGGGACCCCCAGUCCACAGCCCUCCAGGGCCAAUGGGAACAUCAACCUGGGGCCUUCAGCCAACCCAAACGCCCGGCCCACAGACUUCGACUUCCUCAAAGUCAUCGGCAAAGGGAACUACGGGAAGGUCCUGCUGGCCAAGCGCAAGUCUGAUGGGACGUUCUAUGCAGUGAAGGUGCUGCAGAAAAAGUCCAUCUUAAAGAACAAAGAGCAGAGCCACAUCAUGGCAGAGCGCAGUGUGCUUCUGAAGAAUGUGCGGCAUCCCUUCCUCGUGGGCCUGCGCUACUCCUUCCAGACACCUGAGAAGCUCUACUUCGUGCUCGACUAUGUCAACGGGGGAGAGCUCUUCUUCCACCUGCAGCGGGAGCGCCGGUUCCUGGAGCCCCGGGCCAGGUUCUACACUGCUGAGGUGGCCAGCGCCAUUGGCUACCUGCACUCCCUCAACAUCAUUUACAGGGACCUGAAACCAGAGAACAUUCUCUUGGACUGCCAGGGACACGUGGUGCUGACAGAUUUUGGCCUCUGCAAGGAAGGCGUAGAGCCUGAAGAGACCACAUCCACCUUCUGUGGUACCCCUGAGUACUUGGCACCUGAAGUGCUUCGGAAAGAGCCUUAUGAUCGGGCAGUGGACUGGUGGUGCUUGGGGGCAGUCCUCUAUGAGAUGCUCCAUGGCCUGCCGCCCUUCUACAGCCAAGACGUGUCCCAGAUGUAUGAGAACAUUCUGCACCAGCCGCUACAGAUCCCCGGGGGCCGGACGGUGGCUGCCUGUGACCUCCUGCAAAGCCUUCUCCACAAGGACCAGAGGCAGCGGCUGGGCUCCAAAGCAGACUUCCUUGAGAUUAAGAACCAUGUAUUCUUCAGCCCCAUAAACUGGGAUGACCUGUACCACAAGAGGCUAACUCCACCCUUCAACCCAAAUGUGGCAGGACCUGCUGACUUGAAGCAUUUUGACCCAGAGUUCACCCAGGAAGCUGUGUCCAAGUCCAUUGGCUGUACCCCUGACACUGCAGCCAGCAGCUCUGGGGCCUCAAGUGCAUUCCUGGGAUUUUCUUAUGCACCAGAGGAUGAUGACAUCUUGGAUUGCUAGAAGAGAAGCACCUGUGAAACUACUGAGGGCAGCUGGUAUUAGUAAGGAAUUACCUUCAGCUGCUAGGAAGAGAGACUCAAACUAACAAUGGUUUAAACGAGAAGCAGGUUUAUUUUUUCCACCACAUAAAAGAAAAAUAAUGUUACGGAGUCCAGGGCUGGCAGGACAGGUCAUCAGAUACUCAGAGGCUGUAUUUCUGCCCUGCCAACCUUGACAAAUGGCUUCCAAUGUUAGGUUUGCUACAAGAUGACUACUGGAGCUCUAGCUGCCAAUACUGUGUUUGCGGAAGGGAAAAUGGAGGAAAGGGGAGAAGAGCAAAGGGCGCUUUUAAAGAGCUUUCCCAAAAGCUCCACCCAAUGACUUCUGCUUCCAUCUCACUAAGCACCCACCCCUUCCUGGAAUGGAGGCUGGGGGAUGUGGCUUAUUUGCUGGGUAUGUGACUAUCCCUAAUAACAAAGGGGUUCUGACACUAAGGGAGAAGGGAAGAAUGUUGGGUAGGCAGCCAGCACUCUUUACCAGAGGGCCUCCUGGUGUUUGGAUUUUGAUCUCAAUGCAUAAAAUGACAGAGAUGUAACAAGGUCAUAGGGUAUCAAUAUCUCUUAUUGUUCUACAUUGAUGAUAUUUGUCUUUGUUGUGGGUAAUAUUGGACAUUUGUUAUUGGGUCUGGGUGCCUGGUAUCUGAACCCCUUCUUGUCUCCAGGGAAUCCCCUAUUUUAUGAGACUUCAUGGGGUGCAAUAACUACCUCCACUUAAGAGUAGCUGAAAAUGCUAGACACGGACUUUCCCAGCCUUCCCUUAGCUAGGGCCAGGCAUGGGGACCAGGGAUGCACCUGUGCCACACUUUGACUCAGGGAAGGGAUUGGGAGCGCUCUUUUGUGUGAUAACUGUGACAACAGUACCUGCAAAAUUGAGUUCCUGGUGUAGAAGUGGCAAGGAUGCAAACUGUAGCAGUUGGUGCUCAGUGGCAGUAGCACCAUCAGAUCAGCCCUGCAAUGUCAUUCCUGGAAGUCUCAAGUCUUUUUUUUUUUUUUAGACAGUCUUGUUCUGUCGCCCAGGCUGGAGUGUAGUGGUGCUAUCUCAGCUCACUGCAACCUCCACCUCCUGGGUUCAAGCAAUUCUCCUGCCUCAGCCUCCUGAGUAGGUGGAACUAUAGGCACGCGCCAUCACAUCUGGCUAAUUGUUUGUAUUCUUAGCAGAGACAGGGUUUCACUAUUUUGGCCAGGCUGUUCUCAAACUCCUGACCUCAAGUGAUCCUCCCGCCUCAGCCUCCCAAAGUGCUGGUAUUACAGGUGCGAGCCACUGCACCCGCCCAAGCCUCAAGUCUUGUCUAGCUUUCCAAAUGAUCUGAGAAUUUCUGAUCCUUUUUAAUACACUCCGUUUUUGCUUAAUUGGCCAAAGUUAGCUUUAGAUCGCCUGCCUAUGCUUGGCUAGUUGCUGUACUAGACUCUUCCAUGUCUGUUACAAAUUUUCCAUCCAAACAACUCUGAGGUAGGAAUUAUUACUGUCCCCUUUUUACCAAUGAAGAUGCAGAGUCAGAGAAGCUGUUCUUUGCCUGACGGUCACAUAGCUAAUAAGGGCCAGAGCUGGGACUUGGAGCCCUACAAGCUGGCUCCAGGACUCUCACAUUGAACUUUUGUGCUGAUCUGCUUCUCACUCUGGCUAUUAGGUCCAGGCAGAAUGACUGCCAAAAUCUCUAGUGAGGAGCUAAGUCAAAAGUUGGCUGGAACAAGCCAAGUGUAAGAAAUGGGGUCUUGAAGAGGAGACAUUGAACGGGAUGCCGCUCCUGGUCAGAGCCUGGCUGCCAAGUUCAUGCCGUGCUCCACUGCACAUUGGGGAGCUCAGAGCUGGACAGAGCUGGAGGCUGCUGCAGACUUGAUGCCUAGAGCUUCCUGGCCACCAUGGAGCUCCAUAUGUUCAAGAUUAGUCUUUUUUUUUUUAAGACUGAGUUUCGCUCUUGUUGCCCUGGCUGGAGUGCAGUGGCAUGAUCUUGACUCAUCGCAACCUCCGCCUCCCA